AUGACAACCAACACGCCCACCACCCCCUUCGUCUUCCCCAAACACUACUCCUUCCCCCCCUUCUUCACGCUCCAACCGAACCUCACAACCCGCCACUCCCAGCUCCAAAAGUGGUCCUCCCUAGUCCUCAGCUACGCGCGCGCCCACCGCCUCUUCCGCCUCGCCCUCUCCUCCGCCCUCACCUCCCCGCUCUUCCACAACAGCGCCAUCAGCAAGCGCCUCAGCCGCGAAGACGCGAAGGAGGUCGUCGAGUACAUGGUGCGCGAGGGCCGCGCCGAGUGGGUCGGCGAGUCGCAUCAUUCGGGUACUGCUAAGGGAGGCGGGGCUAAGGGGGGAGAGGGGGGGAGUGUUUUCUGGGUCUGGUGGAGAGAUGUGGAGGAGUGGGCCGGCUUGAUUGGGGACUGGGUUGAUGAGACGGCGCAGAAGAAUACCGUGUUGACGCUCUACGAGCUGACGGAGAGCGAGGCGACGAUCUCACAAGAUUUCCACGGCAUGGAUCCAGACUUACUGCAAAGGGCAUUGGGUGUACUCGUUAAGCGAGGGAAAGCACAAGUGUUCGGACAGGAGGAUCAACAGGGAGUGAAGUUUUUCUAG